AGGAAACCCUCCGUUUGUCCGGCUACACUUCACUCUCUUCAACCUUCACACCUUCACUUUUGAAAAUUGAAAUUUCACCCCUGCUUCUCUAGAUCGCAACUUCCACGCUCUGCUAAACACUCCAUUUUCAGAUUCUGCGACGCUGCGCGAGGUCGCCUACUCACCCAGGCAGCCAGAAGCCAACUCGCACCUUGUCGUCGUUUCCGGCUCGCCGCCACUGAGCUACCGCUCAUAGGCUCCUAGCUGACGAAAGAAAUCAGGUAAAGGAGUUAAAGGAUGGGGUACAUAGGGGCACAUGGAAUAGCUGCGUUGCAUCGCUACAAGUACAGUGGAGUAGAUCACUCUUAUGUAGCCAAAUAUGUGCUGCAGCCCUUCUGGAGCCGAUGUGUCAAUUUCUUCCCUCUCUGGAUGCCGUAAGUACCCAUCGUCUUUUCUAUUGCAAAGAUUUAUGCUCUCUUUUGUUUUUGUUUUGUGUUUCUCAGUUAUAGUACACUUCAUUAUGGACUUUAGCGUCUCAGUGUCUGCACAGUGACCUUAUGCAGCACUAAAACUUUGAUUAACUUACUAUUUAGUGGAAGAGCUGUAAAAUUGAGUGGAUUAAUCAUUAAUCUUAUUUUUGUGUGUGCGCCGCUGAUUCCUGUGAAAGUUAAAGAUUCUGGAUAGUCAACUUAAGAAAGAAUCGUCUUGAGGCAUGGUAUGGGUAAGAUAAUGGCUAACAGACAUUCAUAGGUAUUGAAGUUGUAAUCGUAAAGAUGCCAAUUUAGUCAGUUGAAGUUUUGAAGCAUGUAAGUGAUUUAUUAGUGGUUUAAUCUUUUGUUAGAAAGACUGGCUUUUAUUUUUAGUUCUUAAAAUUACUUUUGAGGUUAGAACAUACAUAACAAUUACUUGCAUAAUUGCCUAAUGUUUUGCGUAUGAAGCUUUCCUGAAACAUCUCCUGUGCAAUUCAAUAGAACUUUUGUGUAAUAGAAAUGCCUUAACUAAUGUGUGCUUUUUAAUUUGUUUGGCAAGAUUACAAGUUAUUUUAUGCUCAUGCUUUUUAAUUUCUCUAUCUAAUUUGUUACUUAAUACUUCUCUUACUUGUUGUGCAUGUGCUGGAUAUGCUUCAACUAGGCCCAAUAUGAUUACACUCACCGGAUUUUUGUUUUUAGUCACUUCUGCAUUGCUUGGAUAUAUAUAUUCCCCAAAAUUGGAUUCUCCGCCUCCAAGAUGGGUUCAUUUUGCACAUGGCUUGCUUCUCUUCCUUUACCAGACAUUUGAUGCCGUAGAUGGGAAACAAGCUAGAAGAACAAAUUCAUCCAGUCCAUUAGGAGAGCUUUUUGAUCAUGGAUGUGAUGCACUUGCAUGUACGUUUGAAUCAUUGGCCUUUGGUAGCACUGCUAUGUGCGGACCAGCUACCUUCUGGUUUUGGUUUAUCUCAGUUGUUCCAUUCUACUGUGCAACCUGGGAGCAUUAUUUCACCAAUACUCUAAUUCUUCCUGCUAUAAAUGGUCCUACCGAGGGUCUCAUGCUGAUAUAUCUUGCCCACUUUUUUACUGCUUUAGUUGGUGCCGAGUGGUGGGCUCAACAGUUUGGGAAGUCCUUGCCAUUUUUGAGUUGGGUUCCAUUUAUAAAUGAAAUCUCAACAACUAGAGCUGUGCUGUUUCUGAUGAUAACCUUUGGUGUUAUACCAACAGUAUCAUUCAACGUGCAAAAUGUGUACAAGGUUGUCAAGGCAAGAAAGGGAAGUAUGCCUGUAGCACUGGCCAUGCUUUAUCCAUUUGCUGUGCUGGUGGGUGGAGCCCUUCUCUGGGAAUAUAUAUCUCCAUCUGGUUUAAUUAGGAAUUACCCACAUCUGUUCAUUGUGGGAACUGGGCUUGCAUUUGGGUUUCUUGUGGGAAGGAUGAUUGUAUCACACUUGUGUGAUGAACCCAAGGGUCUGAAAACUAGCAUGUGCAUGUCUUUGCUAUAUCUUCCUUUUGCCAUAGCUAAUGCGCUCACUGCCAGACUUAAUGAUGGGAUUCCUUUGAUUGAUGAAAUCUGGAUUCUUCUUGGAUUUUGUGUGUACUCAGUGUCACUAUAUAUGCACUUUGCUACAUCUGUUGUUCAUGAAAUAACAACAGCUCUUGGAAUCUACUGUUUCAGGAUAACGAGAAAGGAGGCUUGAAUCAAUUUUUAUCUUUCUGAUGCUUCCUCCUCUGUAGUGCGUAUGAUCAGGUCGUUAUUAUGUUUAACAAGCUGAACCCAUGGCCUUGCUUUCAUGCUGAAUCUGGAAUUGCCCAUUAAGGAAUCAUGGCAUGACUUUGAAGCUAGGGUGCCUUUAUUCAGUCCGUGAGCCCUAAAUGGACGCGGCUGUAAUUUUAUUUACUCCUAGUGUUGUCGGCGAAUUUAAGUAGGUGCUUAGUUCAAUUUUUGGCAGUACCCUAAUGCGAAUUAAAAAGGCUUUCUUCUACUAACGUUUUCUUCUUUACUUAAUGAUAUGCGUGCAAAUUGGAGUAUACUUGUUAAGAUUAUAUGGCAUGGUUUCCAGGCUCUAGCUCGCUAGGUACCUUAUUCGUUUGUGUUUUUCUGUUUUUGUUACCAAAAACAAGAUUAUGAAAGCUA